GGUGCAGCUCGCUGUCCAGUGACCGGAAGGCGCCUUUACAGUUUGCAGGAAGAGUCUUUGUUUUCUACUUCAUUGUUGCUUGUGGUUUCUCCCUGUUUAUUUUCCUGAUCAGACAAACAACAAAGGAAAAGACACUUCAUUUUGAAAAGUAACAGUGCUCCAGUUGGCCAAGAUGGAGGGGGACUACUUUGAGGACAACGAAACCUCGUGUGAGUAUGCAGAGUGGGGACCUUCGUACUCACUCGUACCCGUGCUCUACAUGGUCAUCUUUAUCCUGGGGCUGUCGGGGAACGGGCUCGUCAUCAUCACUGUCUGGAAGUCCGAGUCCAAGCGCCGGGCGGCUGACGUCUACAUCGGACACUUGGCCCUGGCCGACCUCACGUUUGUGGUCACGCUGCCGCUGUGGGCGGUCUACACCGCCUUCGGCUACCACUGGCCCUUUGGCGUGGCCCUCUGCAAGAUCAGCAGCUAUGUGGUGAUGCUCAACAUGUACGCCAGCGUCUUCUGCCUCACCUGCAUGAGCUUCGACCGCUACCUGGCCAUCGUCCGACCGCUGCCGGCCGGCCGGCCCCGCUCCAAAGGGACGAUGCUGGGCUCCCUGGGGGCCAUCUGGCUGCUGUCUGUCACGCUUGCCUCCCCCACAUUGCUCUUCCGCACCACGCUGAGUGACUCGCACGACCGUAUCAUCUGCGCCAUGGACUUCAGUCCCAUGAUGACGGACGCAGGUCAGGAGGGCAUGUGGAUCGCCGGCCUCAGCCUCUCGUCCACGCUGCUGGGCUUCCUGCUGCCCUUCCUGGCUAUGACCAUCUGCUACUGCUUCAUUGGCCGCGCCAUAAGCCUCCAUUUCGGCGCCGUGCACAAGGAGGACCAGCGGCGCCGGCGGCUGCUGAAGAUCAUCAGCGCCCUGGUGGCCGUCUUCGCCGUCUGCUGGGCGCCCUUCCACAUGCUGAAGACCGCCGAUGCUCUGUCCUACCUCCAGCUGGCGCCCAGCUCCUGCAGCUUCCUCAGCUGGCUGCUGACGGUGCUGCCCUAUGCCACCUGCCUGGCCUACGUCAACAGCUGCCUCAACCCCUUCCUCUACGCCUUUUUCGACCUGCGCUUCCGCACCCAGUGCCUGCAGCUGCUCCGCCUGAGCAAGGAUGCCGAGGCUCCUGUGAGCUCCCAGUCCUCACAGGGCCACAAGUGUGAGGGCCAUACCGUGGCCACGAAGGUGUGAAUUGCCGAGCCUCAGGUGAGGCGGGGGUGGGGGGGAUGUUCUCUGGCCUGAGAUGACAUGCGUGGACAAGCCUAACUCAGAAGCACUGCUGACCCGUGUGGUCUGAACCCGGACUGGUGCUGCCAUCUUCACAGAAGGUGACCCAACACCCAGGGCAAACACGGAGGAGCACUGUAAACCAGCUCCUGGCAGCUACUCCUCCUCACCGGGAAGACCGUCUCCUCCCAAAGGGGGCCUGCUUUGGCUGUGGACCAUGCCGGCUACUGCUGCAUUCUCCAGUGCAGGACUUUGCUGGAAAAGGACAUGUAUAGUGUAUAUAUAUGUGUGCAUGACUAUGGAAUUUUGGAGAAGAUCAGACUGCUGUACUGAGCUCUCGCUCAUGUUUUCAGCACUUGUGUAAACUGAAGCUUAAUCGAUCCAGAGCAGAGAAACUGCAUUUCUUGCACAGUUUCUGAUAAACAGAAACAGGCUCUGAUAAAAUCCAUCAGCACAUGGCAGCUGUGCCUAGCAAUUAAUUUGUGAUGUAGCUGUAUUAGAUACUGCAUGAUGCUUUGAAUAAAGCAUUUAUACACGGC